UUGACUGCCAGAUCAUGGCCGCCCCUCUGUGCCUUAUUUGUUUUGUAUUGCUGGAUUCCCUCCCACUUCUGCAAUUUAGUUUUGAAUCCAAAGCAAGCAAAAGUUGCAUCUCUCCCACUUUUUUUUUGCAAAUAAAUUCCAAUGUCUUUUUUUCACCCCCCCCCCCCCCCGUUGUGUUGUGGGAGCAGGCCCCCGCUUGGAAAAUGUGUUGUUGUUCCUCUGAUAGUGGGAGCUGCGUAUAAACCCCCUCUCGAACGUCCCGCUGACACCGGAGAGCCAGCGGGAUCACGACCGGCGCAUCCGCCGGGAGAUCGCCAACAGCAACGAGCGGCGGCGCAUGCAGAGCAUCAACGCCGGCUUCCAGUCCCUGAAGGUGCUGCUGCCUCACACGGACGGAGAGAAGCUGAGCAAGGCGGCGAUCCUACAACAAACGGCGGAGUACAUCUUUGCCCUUGAGGAAGACAAGACCCGUCUGAUGCAGCAGAACGCACACCUAAAGCGGCUGGUGCAGGAAUACUCUGGCUCCUCCCCAAAGCGGAAGCGAGGAGAUGAAUCCGACGAGGGUAUCGGUUCUCCAGACUCUGCGGAUGAGGAGCUGGCCGAGCUCCGGCAGCACCUGGAGAAGGAGCGACUGCUGCGGCUCACCUUGGAGGAGAAGGUGAAGACCCUGGAGUCCCAGCUGCAGCCGGGGAAGCUGAAGGAGAUCCUUCACCAAGCCCAGCUGCAGCAGGAGCAUGACAAGGUGCUGGAACGGCGGAGGCAGCUAGUGGAGGAACAGCAGAGAACCAUCGGCACUGCACAGCUGCCCGUGGCACACAGUCCCCCAGCACCCACUCACCACCCAACAGUCAUAGUGCCAGCUCCUUUACCACCAAGUGUGCUACAGGUCAACGUCGUUACCAUGGCACCCAGCUCCGUCAUCAGCUCCGUGUCCACAUCCAAACAGAACUUAGACACCAUUGUACAGGCCAUUCAGCAUAUCGAAGCCACAGAGCAAGGUAUCAAAGAGGAACCCGUGGGAGUGGAGAAACAGACCACGGCUUUCCUGAAUUUAGACGGGAUGCAGGAGAGCCUCAAAGACGACAGGGAGUGGCACGAGCUAGUGACAACCUCUCCGCUGAUAAUCAAGAGCUCCUUUGGUGACGUUGAGACUGAAAGCCAAGAUGCUGGUCAGAGAGAGAUGCUGGCAGCAUUGAGGAGGCCCAAGGUGGAGGUGGACCCAGUUCCCUCUGUGCUGGUGCCGGGCACUAGCAUCUAAAUAAGACUGCAGAGCUGUGUCGAUGUGCACUGAGGGAAUGGAGGACUUUGGGGUCAAUCCAGGAAGUUUGAGAUUAAAGGACUUUUUGAACGCCAUUUGUCCCAAACUAAUCCUCUCCUUCCAGAGCAAGAGCAGUCUCGAAGGUACUGUGGUCACAGCUUCUCUGACUGAAACGCAAAGGGUUGAUUCAGGUUUGAUGUAGUUUCUAAUGAAACAUCUCUGGCCUGUUGCACACGAGAAACAUCUCAUUGCCUGACAGUGCACCCAUUAUCAAAGUCCACGUCACUGAUUUUAGAACUUCCCAGGAAUCCAGGGUAAUCUGAUUUUCUUUAGCAACUAGCGUGAUUCCUCAACACUUAAUCUGUGAGUCACCAUUUUAAUGGCCCAGCUUUUGGAAUGUGUUGACAUGAAAUGCCAAAACAAUCUGAGUACACCCCACAGAUCAAAAUCUUCAUUAAGUGGCAAUUGUGAGCAAAUAAGCCUGACAAUGACUUACUGCACAAACGGUUUAUAAGAACUGCUUGUGAAUGCCAGUGUGUUUGUUUUGAUUGUGCAUCGAUAAGCUGGUAACUUUUUAUUGCUCCUCUUGCAUUAGAAGUACCUCCCUACAGUAUUGUUUUAUUUGGUGCCAGCAGUUCUCGAAUAUGUGUGCAUGGAUGACAUAGGUGUGGUGUGGGUCACAAACUGGGCUGCUGUCUUUGUCUAAUAUCCUGAAGAGUUACUAAAUGGCAAUUAGGUACACUGCUGAUCACUAACAGUAAAAUGGGCACUUACAGCAACUGAAAUUGCUUCCCAUGUGUUUAUUGUGACUUGGCAGCACACUAGGCAAUGACUUUACUGAACUUGUUUCUGGGGGUUAUUUCCCAUUGCCACUACAUCAUCAUCAGGAGGUGGUUCUAACGCUAAUGGACUAGUUUAAACUGUGGGAAUACUUCAAUGAUUAUUAUUUCCAAUCCAUGAAUUCCAACUAAACAUAGUGUUCUUAGCAAAAAUUUGGUGCUUUUCCAGUAGAAAUGACUCUGUACCUUCGAGGAUGCUCUGCAACUGGAUUGAAAAGUGACAGUCAGAGGGAGAUUAAGCUGUUAUAAAUUUUUUUUUAAAUUUAAAUUUUAUUUACAGCGUUGGUUACAGGCCCUUCUGGCCCAAUGAGUCCAUGCCGCCCAUUUUAAACCCAUAUUAACCUACCCGUAUGUCUUUGGAAUGUGGGAGGAAACCCACGCAGACACGGGAGAACAUACAAACUCCUUACAGACAGCGAUGGGUUAUAGCUAGUAAAAGAUUGCAGACUGUUAACUGAGAUUGGACAGACCCUGUUUUCAUGUAGACUUAUGUUUUUUCAAGCAAAUUCUUAGGAUGACUGCUACAUGAUGUAUAGAAUGCAUAGUGCAGUCACUACAGGGUGUGAUGAAAGGUCUUGCAAUGCGUGACACCUUUUUACAUGUACAAUUUUUUAAAUGUUUGAGAUGACUUCAAAGAAUCUUUGGAUGCUGUUUUUUGGCAUCUUAGAACUACAGAAUGAAAUUAUCCUUGUAUUCUGUGGCAGAACAAUCUCAGACUGGGGAAGAUUACUGAAACCUGGUCCUAUCAGUGCUGCACCUUUCUGUGCAUUGUUAGGGUGGGGGGGACGUUGUAUAAAAUAUGUUUUUAGGGCACUUACGAGUUUCUAAAGGUUGUUUAUUUUCCUAAAUGUUUCGCACUUCAAACUGCAGUUUACCUUUUGGACCAUCUGUGCUUAAAUGCUUUGUGCAUUGUAUGCCUUUUUUAUGAAAUUUAAUCAGAGCUGUAAACUGAUGGCUUGUGUAUUUUUAAAGAGUGGUAAUGUACCAUGUUGGUUAAUGUUUCAUAGAACAUAUCGCACAGAAACCGAUCCACUCUGACUUUUAUGCUCCACAGGAGCUCCCCUGGAAUUGUACUGACUGGGAAAACUUCUUGAUCUUCAGUCCAGGCUAUUGAAGUCAAAGCAGCAAUGCUGGAGUUUCAGGAGGGCUGCAGGCAAAAAGGCCAGCUAAAGCUUUCCACUCCAGCAAAUGCCUCUGGCCACCAGACAGGGUACAAUUGGGCUUGGGAGCGUUACCACCCUAGUUUUAUCCUCAGAAGACAUAUUCCAAGUGAACUGGGACUGAUCACCUUAUUCCACAGCAGCUUGUGACUUCAGGAGAGAAAGUUGUCAGUUCUUUUAGGAGUACUAAGCAAAACAAAAAAAAGGAUAAGGAAAGAGUGUGUCUUGUGAAACUAUCAUCUAACUAAAUGCCACAGCAGAAUUCUUCUGUUCCUUUAGCCAGUUACUUUUGGAUUUGAUGCCCAUCUGGUAAAGGAACCAGAUGAGUUGCUUUAAAGCAGUUGCUGCCUAGCAGGGACAUAGUAGUAAGCAGAGAUCUUGUGACCCCAUUUCCACACCCUGCCCCUUUUUUUUUGCUGGUGGGGAAGUUUUGGGCUUUGUCUCAACAUUUGGUGCAAUGGACAUCAGCUGUGGCCAGCUUGUACAGGCAAGUACCAAGGCUGAAAGAACUCAAAAGGUUAUGAAAGACCAUUUAGAACCUCCCAGAUCUAACAUCACAGAAAUCAUUUUUAUUUUAAUGAGGCCCAAUGGUUUUAUUUUCUCUGUACAGGUUAGGUGGUCAAAUUAUUUAUUAGUCUUUAAAGAAAUUUUACAUUUGAAAUUGGUAAAGUCAAAUUAAACCAGCUGGAAUUGUUUAAGCUUUGGCCUCAACACCACUGGGAGGCUGAGUGGGCACUGAUGGACUAACCUGUUGCCAGAUUUGCACUGCCUCCUGCAGAGCCUGGCUACAGAAACAGGCCAUGGUCAAGAACAAACUAGAUGCUGGAGAUUUGAAAUAAUGCUGGAAACACUCAGCAGCAUCUGUGAAACGAGACAACAGAAAAUCAGAAUUUUCCAAUUUCCAGCAUUUCGUUUUCAUUUCAUGCCCAUGAAAAUGCACGUGGGAUACCAGUGGUUGAUUGAUAGCCAUUACAACAGGAUGGGAGUUGUAAUGACAACCAAUGUCCUUUAUUAGUAAUGAUGAUGACCUGUGAAUGCAGAUUGUACUGUGUACCUUAAGUCACAGGCCAUUAAUUCACUUUAUGGGUGGUGGCAAUGAUGGAAAUCAAUUAAUUCUGC